AUGGUGCCAUUGCCAACCAAUAAAGACACAUCCUACUCAUACUCCUGGCCAGUAUGUCAACAAAAUAUGUCUGCUGCCAAUGUCAAAGACUUCAGCUCACUUCCUGGUCAUAUACAACAAUUUCUCUAUUAUCGACAUUGUCGCCAUUUUCCCAUGCUACUCGAUGUUCCUGACAAAUGUGGAGGCGCUGAUGAAUCGGCAAACGUUUUCCUUCUGCUGGUCAUUAAAAGCUCCCCUUCAAACUACGAGCGCAGACAGGUGCUGCGCCAAACCUGGGCUAAAGAGAGAUUGCACAAUGGUGUUUGGAUCCGAAGAAUCUUUAUCUCAGCAACGACGGAUACUGGCUUUCAGAAACAUAGACUGAACAAACUCCUUAAAUUGGAGCAACGCCAGUACAAUGACAUCCUGCAAUGGGACUUCUCUGACUCAUUCUUUAAUCUCACCUUGAAGCAGAUACUCUUCCUAGAGUGGAUGGAUAGGAACUGUCCACACACACGCUUCCUGUUUAAUGGUGAUGAUGACGUCCUUGCUCACACAGGCAACAUGAUUGAGUAUCUCCAAAGCCUCACGGACAAUGAUGGAAGCAAGCACCUCUAUACUGGCCAUCUGAUCGAGGGUGUGGGGCCCAUUCGAGUACCAGAGAGCAAGUAUUUUGUUCCCGUUCAGGUAGAGGAGUCAGAAUCAUAUCCACCAUACUUGGGUGGGGGCGGCUUCCUGCUGUCUGGCUACACAGCUUCAGUCAUAUAUAAGAUGUCCCACACCAUUACCAUCCUUCCCAUUGAUGAUGUUUACAUGGGAAUGUGUCUGGCUAAAGCAGGACUUGGACCUGAAUCCCAUGGUGGUGUGAGGACCGCAGGGCUGUUCUAUCCAAACUAUCCCCCCAGCAAAAUAGAUGAAUAUGACCCUUGCUUAUAUAAAGACAUGCUACUUGUUCACAGAUUCCUUCCAGCUAACAUGUAUCUUAUGUGGCAGGACUUACAUGACCCUGAUCUGGACUGUGCUACGGAGAAUAAAUAA